AUGGAACACGAACUGCGCCUUCCAGUACCUGAAACAAAGUUAUUCGCUUGCUUUUUUCUGAUCCUUUUUUUGUUCCACCUUUUAAAGCGUGACAGAGGUUGGAGAACAUUCAAGAGACCCGGUGUAGAUGCCUUUCUGGAGCAUUUAGCUCAGUUUUAUGAAAUUGUAGUAUAUUCUGACAAGCUGAAUAUGUAUGUUGAUCCUGUUGUUGAUACAUUGGAUUCCAAACACUGUAUCCGGUAUAGGCUCUCAAGGGGUGCAACAAGAUAUGUUGAUAGCAAGCACUAUAGGGACCUUUCGAAGCUCAAUAGGGAUCCUGCAAAGGUUAUUUACAUUAGUGGUCAUGCUUUAGAUAGUAGCCUUCAGCCAGAAAAUGCUGUUCCUAUAAAACCAUGGCAAGGUGAAGCAGAAGAUACGGCACUUUUAGAUCUUAUUCCAUUCCUUGAAUAUGUGGCUAAACACAGGCCAGCUGAUAUUCGAACUGUUCUAGCUUCAUACCAGGGUCAUGAUAUUGCCAAAGAGUUCAUCGAACGAUCUAAAGAGCAUCAAAAGCGCUUGCAAGGGCAGAAGAAGCACGGUCGUUUCUGGCAAUAUUAGAGAGGUUAAAUCAGCUCGUGCAAAUUAGGAGCCGACUAUUUAAUACUUAUAGAUAAAAACGAGUGGACUCUGAAAUGAAUGUCAUAAAUUGCAAGCCAUUUUUAUGUAUGUCAUGUUCAGCUCUUUCGAACAGUGCUAUUACUAUCCCAAAAUUCCUUUAAUUGCAUAAUAUGUUCCAACAGUUUUUUAUU